AUGGGCAAAAUCGAAACUGUCGUUUUUUUGUCGUUGGUGCUGGAUCUGUUCGCCUUCACCAUCCCCCUCCCGCUCUUUCCACGCAUCAUCGAAUGGUACACCAAGAGAGAGACGUCUGACCCGACAGGAUUCCUGUCGCGGACACUUGGGUUUGUCUCGACCCUACGAGGGCAGCUAUACAACGCGACCAACAACCCGCAGAGAUGGGACAUUGUGCUGCUCGGAGGUCUCAUGGGCUCCGUAUUCUCGGCGCUGCAAUUCAUCGUUUCUCCCUACAUCGGCUCUUUAUCAGAUAAAUAUGGCCGAAAACGUGUCCUCCUGAUCACUAUGAUCGGCAAUAUCUUAUCAGCGGUUGUGUGGAUCCAGAGCACAACGUUUGCCUCAUAUAUGCUCUCGCGCGUGAUAGGCGGCUUGAGCGAGGGAAACGUACAAUUAGCCAUCGCCAUCCUGUCUGAUGUGACAACGCCCGAAAACCGCGCCAAAGCCCUUGCACACGUCGGCAUCGCUUUCGCCAUCUGUUUCUGCAUCGGCCCGCCCAUCGGCGCGUACUUUGCCUCCCGCCCCGUCGCACUGGGCGCGUCUCUCGGCCUGGAGCUCAACGUCUACGCGGCACCCGCCAUCCUCACGCUUAUACUCCUCGUCGCGGAGACCGCGUUCCUCACCAUCGCGCUUCCAGAAACACGGGGCAAGGGGCCUACGUCGGUACCCUCCAAGAAGGUAAAGGAAGGCAAGGCUCCCGCGAACGGUGCGAAUGGCCACACCCCUUCUAGCUCGUCCCGCGGCGCUACGGUCCAGCAACGGCUCCAGCUCCUCAAGGCCCUCCGCAGGCUGCAUUUCCUCUUCCUUGGCCUCUUCUCCGGCGUCGAGUUCACACUCACCUUCCUCACGUUCGACCUGUUCGACUGGAACAACACACAGAACGGCAAGCUCAUCGGGUCAAUCGGCAUCAUCAGCGCCCUCCUGCAAGGCGGCUACGUCCGCCGUUCCCUCGCCAAGGUCGGCGAGGCCGCCAUGGCGCGGCGCGGCGUGUCGAGCUGCGCGCUUGGGCUCGUCCUCCUCGCGCUCCUCCCACACUUCACCGCAUCGCGCCCCACGUUCGCCUUCCGCCUGCUCCAGGGCGCGGCGGUCUGCAUGGCGGUCACCUCUGCAACAGUCGUGAACUCGCUCACCGCGCACGCGUCGCUGCAGUGCGACGACGGCCACCCCGAGCUCGCGAAGGGCAAGGCGCUGGGCCAGUUCCGGUCCGCGGGUCAGCUCGGGCGCGCGAUUGGGCCUCUCCUGGCCUGCGCGUCGUACUGGACGGUCGGGCCGUCGGCGACGUACGCCGUCAGUGCGGUGGCCAUGUUCGUAUUGUCUAGCAGCAUGCGGAAGCUCGCUGCGUCGAGGGCGUGA